GAGUAGUGUACGUGCAUAGCCUAUGCAAAGUAGUACUGUAUAAACCACGAUGUUCUGUGCUACGAUUGCUGUUUAUAUCCGGGAUUUAUAGUGAACUAUAACACUGGAGGUUUCUAGAAUGUAGUUAGGAAUAAGAUUUACGUAAAAGUUAUGGAUUUCUGGAGGUAUAAACGGGUAUUAUGGGUGCUAGAAUCUGGAGUGGCAGCUCCGGCAUUGUUAGGUGUGAUAUUUCUGACAUUUUCUAUAAAUUAUGCCUCGGCUAAAGAACAGUGCACGGCUUACUUCAACACAACGGGUGCAUUGAUUCCUGGCGAAGACUGUGAUGAGUUCUGCUGUGGAAGCGUUUACAAGAAAUACUGCUGCUCGAAUUGCUCACUUAGUAUUAGUCAGAGUGGUACUUGCCUUGAAGAGGAAUGGGACCCAACGGGCACUAUAGUACAAUGUGUCUUCAUUGGAAUUUACAUAAUAGGGGGCGUGGUUGUCACUGUUUUGGCCUUACUGGGAAAAUGUGAUGAUCCUGAGACAAUAAGGAUGAGAAACCAAAUAAGUCCGGUGCAGGUCCACACACUCCAAACACGCAUCCCUAUAACCGAUGCCACGCUCGCUGAAGCCCAAGGUCCACCGCCUUCGAAGUCUUACACUGGUGCCUAUCCAAAACAGGUCACAAUGCCUGCUUCUCUCCCUCCUGAUCCGCAAUCUAUGCAACUUGCCGAAGAAAGCGCUCCCCAAUCCUCGCUCCCGUUCUCGCGACCCCAGAGCGAUGCGGGAUCAGACGCGGAUGAUACUCCAGCAGCAGACUCCGGUUUAAUCAAUCCUUCAGACGCUGCAAUUUUACAAAUUAACGAUGGUCCUUCCCACGAUACUGUGCCGAUUAUUUCUGACCCGUCAGUAUCGGAUUUCGACGGAGAGACACUGCAUUCCGUGGAGGUUCAUCCUGAGCCAAGUCCACGUCGAGACUACGGUUCAACAGAACAAAUCAUCCCGCUGGGGAGUCGGGAAGCAGCUGGAUUUGAACAGAACAAUCAAGCAUUUGUAGACACGCCGCUACAUGCUCCGAAACAUCCUGGACGCUUGCCCCCGGUUGAUCAGAAUAGGACUGAAACCCCCUCUAGUAUUGUUUUAUCUGUCAGGCCAUCGCCAGAGCCAGUCGAACUAGACAUGUUGAAUAAUCAGCCUCGGGUAACAUGAUGCCAGAGUUGUACAUUGCAUGUAUCUGAAACGUGGUUUAACAUCUUUCGAAUGUUGAUUUCCUGAAAAGUACUUCAUGGUAGUUGUAGGAUGAACCCCAGCAAGGAACCCUAUCACUUGGUACAUGGAUAUGUCCUAAAGCCUACGUGGGUGUUUUAAGAUGACAUCAAAUGACUUCGGGCACUUUUUACAUCCUUACUCUUUGGAUCUUGAGGCCUAUGGCGAGUUUGAUUAGUCGGGAUUUCACUGCUGUCUACCCAUCUAUAGCUGACUGAAGGGACUUGACAAAUUAUACUCCCAUCAUUCGAAUAGAUGUCAUGACAGUAUUAAUCUAGUACACAUGUAUUCUGACGUAAUGCCCACAAUCCAUUUAGACCAAUCAGCGCAGAACAUAAAUCAUUGGGAUCAUCAUUUCCUCUUUCACCGUCAUGUAAUGUACAUAUUCCAAAUCUCUGAAAGUAUUUCUCAUCUUCAUACUGUGCCUAUCUUAACAAAUGACAAUAAACUUUGUGAUUUUCUUA